CCCAAGCUUGACGAUUCGAGCGAUUCUGAAAGUUGAAAAAACUGCUUGAAAAUGGCGGAUUUACUUGAAACUGAAUCUGCAGAAGCUUUACUUUCAUUCAAAAAUGGAGGAUUCAAAGUGAAAAGAGAGCUUGAUUUUGGAGAUGACUCAGAACAGGCGAAUCAAGCAAUGACUUUAGGCCCAGAAAUGUUUGGAUUAAAACGGAUCAGUGAUGUAAAUUCAUCCUCUAGUUCAAAAAUAACUGGGAGUACCACUUCAAAUCCAAUCACAUUGAACAGAAGAGGCAUUCCAGCAAGAAUUCGAAAAAAGAAUCCAUUGUUCUUUGAUGAUGAUACUAUUGUCAACCAAUCUACUAAUAAAUCUCCAAGGAAAUCCACAAAAUCCAACAGUGGUGUUAGUGGAUCAUCUCAUUCAAACCAGUUAGCACCUCAAGUUACCACUUCAAAAAUAAUAAAGAGAGGCCACACAAGAUCUGCACCUGGCAGUGCAACUGGUACUCCGGAACGUCGCAGUGGAUCAAAUGCUUCGACGCCGCUCAAAACUACUAAUCGAGUUAAGGCAAAGCUAAAGAAAAUGAAGGUUAAGCCAGCUUUUAAGUUGCCGGAAAAGCAGAAGAGUGAACCUUUAGUUGUUGGACGUCGUGCUCGGAGUAUUGUGGCCGCGGCCGCUUUACCUUCGGUUGCAGCAACAACGGCUGAGCAAGAAGCCGAAGACUUGAAAAAACUUGGUGUCCGCUUACGCAAUUUACUUAAGUUACCCAAAGCGCACAAAUGGGUCUGCUAUGAAUGGUUCUACAGUAAUCUAGACCAAGCAUUGUUUGAAGGCGACAAUGACUUUAUGCUAUGUUUACGAGAGUCAUUCCCCAGCUUGAAAUUGCGACAGCUUACUAGAUCCCAGUGGUGUACCAUCCGUCGUCUUAUGGGAAGACCAAGACGUUGUUCUCAGGCAUUUUUUAAUGAAGAAAGAGGAGAAUUGGCCAAAAAAAGACAGAAGAUUCGUUUAGUUCAACAGCGCAAAGUAAGCGAUAUGGCAUCUCUUUGUAGGGAUUUGCCGGAUCUUAUCCCUAUGCCUUUGGUUAUCGGCACCAAAGUGACGGCCAGACUUCGGCAACCACAGGAUGGAUUGUUCGUUGGCCAAAUCGAUGCCGUAGAUACGUCCAAUAAUACAUACCGCAUCACAUUUGAUAGACAAGGAUUGGGAACACACUCUGUUCCGGAUUACGAAGUUUUGUCGAAUGAAACAGUAGACAUGAUUUCGAUAUCGAGUUUGGCUCAACGGUUUCGCCCUCGCCCAGCUGUUUUACCACCGACCCCCGCAAUAAUACCACUGAUGGCUUCACAGCAGCAAACACUAACAAUCUCGAGUCAACAUCAACAGCCCAUUAAACAGUCUUCCCUUGAAGUUGCAAUGCCUACUUUAUCUUUAACUUCACAUGUCAGUGGCACACGAAUUGGACACACUUCUCAUUCUGAUUCUUCAAGUUUAGUCAGCGAUCCUGUCUUGGGAUCGUCUAAUUCAAGAUUGACACCACAAGAAACGACGUUUGGCUCCUUGCCCAUCCACGUUCUGACACCAAUCGUACGACUCUCGAAGAUUUUAAAUAUGAAAAAAGAUAAGGUUAGAAGACUGAGAGAUAUGAAUACAGAAGUUGAACGCCGAGAGUCAGUCGGCGAAACUGUUGCACCCGAUUUUCAACGACGCUAUGCUCGUACCAUCCUUGAUUUGGAAGAAUUGAAUACGGAACUCAACAGCCUCCUAGUUAAGGUCAGACAACAAUGCCAUGAGAUUGCUCCGGAUUCAGAGCAUGGUCUAUCCCCAUUAGCUGGGCCAGAUAGUAUUCGCCAACUGUGUUAUCAAGAAGCUAGAGAUUUGGUUGAAACUCAGUUGGAUACUCGAAGUGGUUCACAUCCAAAUGUUACCUCUGCCCCGAUUAUUGCACUUGUCACUGGUCUCACAUCUUUAAUGCUCCAAAUCAAGUGCCUUGCGGAAAGUGAACGCAACGCUUACGAGCUUCAAGCUUUACACGACUCCUUAGAUGAACUGCGGAAGUCCUUAGACAAAUCGAAUCUAACUUCUCUUAGGAACCAUGUUUUAGUUCACGUGCAGCAUAUCCAAUCUGGAUUGUGUAACUUUGACCACAUGACGCCGUUCAACGGUACCGAAACUAAUGCACCUGCGGUCACCUCCACCACUAGGAACCUACCGUUACCCAAUGAUAACGAUAACCAUUAACUAUUGUUGAAACAGAAAUAAAUUAACUCAUGGCGUAGAAAAAA